GGAGAGGGGCGGGCGAGGAGGAGGAGGGAGCUGGGCUUAGGCGGCGAGGCGCGUGGGCUGCGCGGCUCGAGAGCCGGGGAAAGUGAUCGCCGAAGACUUUUAACUUCCCUCGUUCCUUCUGUUCUCCUCCUCUCCCUCUCUCCCUGCUGCCCUCCCUUCUUUCCUUUCCUCCUCUCCCUUUAUUGCCGGGGUGGAGCAGCCUCUCAGGAGCAGCCACUAUGCCUCAGCUCUCGGGAGCCGGAGGAGGCGGCGGCGGCGGGGACCCGGAGCUUUGUGCCACCGACGAGAUGAUCCCGUUCAAAGACGAAGGCGACCCCCAGAAGGAGAAGAUCUUCGCCGAGAUCAGCCACCCGGAGGAAGAGGGCGACUUGGCCGACAUCAAGUCGUCGCUGGUGAACGAGUCGGAGACGAUCCCAAACAGCAAUGGGCAUGAGGUUUCCAGGCAAGGCCAGUCUCAGGAGUCUUACCACGAGAAAGGCAGAGAACACCCUGAAGAAGGGAAACGCAAUGAUGGUGGCUUAUAUAGUAAAGGACCUUCUUACUCUGGUUAUUCUGGGUAUAUCAUGAUGCCAAAUAUGAAUAAUGAUCCAUAUAUGUCUAAUGGAUCUCUUUCUCCACCAAUCCCCAGAACAUCCAACAAAGUACCGGUGGUGCAGCCUUCCCAUGCGGUCCAUCCUCUCACCCCACUUAUCACCUACAGUGAUGAGCACUUUUCUCCAGGGACGCAUCCAUCACACCUCCCCUCAGACGUCAACUCAAAACAAGGCAUGUCCAGACAUCCUGCAGGUCCUGAUAUGCCCACUUUCUAUCCCUUGUCUCCUGGUGGUGUUGGGCAGAUUACCCCACCUCUUGGCUGGCAAGGUCAGCCUGUAUAUCCCAUCUCAAGUGGAUUCAGGCAGCCCUACCCACCCUCACUUUCAGUCGACACUUCCAUGUCAAGGUUUUCACAUCAUAUGAUCCCUGGUCCUCCAGGACCCCACACAACUGGAAUCCCUCACCCAGCUAUUGUAACACCUCAAGUCAAACAAGAACAUCCACACACAGACAGUGACUUAAUGCACGUGAAGCCUCAGCAUGAACAGAGGAAAGAACAGGAGCCCAAAAGACCUCACAUUAAGAAGCCUCUGAAUGCUUUCAUGUUAUACAUGAAAGAGAUGAGAGCGAAUGUCGUAGCAGAGUGUACUCUGAAAGAAAGUGCAGCUAUCAAUCAGAUUCUUGGCAGAAGGUGGCACGCAUUGUCCCGUGAAGAACAAGCUAAAUAUUAUGAACUAGCUCGGAAAGAAAGGCAGCUACACAUGCAGCUCUACCCAGGCUGGUCUGCAAGGGACAACUACGGAAAGAAAAAGAAGAGGAAGAGAGAAAAGCUACAAGAGUCUACUGCAGGUGGAAAGAGAAACGCUUUCUCAACAUGCAAAGCAAAGGCAGCGACAUCAGGGCCCCUUCUCGAAAUGGAAGCUUGUUAAAAUCUCCAGGCAUGUCCUUCAUCUGCACAGACCACCAUCAAGGAGUAUGUCUAGGAUGCCGACAACACUUGCCCCGAUGUCACUGCUUAAAAA